ACAGAGCUAUCUGAAUGACACAGAGGGCUGGUAACAUGACUUUGUACCCAAGUCACAUCCAAGGACUCGUGGCACAGCCUCACAUCUUCCCUAUUUUGACAGAUAAUCUACCAUUUUUGACCAAAUACAUCCUCGUGAUUUCACAGCAAUAUAACCACAUUUAGGCAAAGUUUCCAGUUUGGGAUUUGACUGAAAACUCCAUUUCCUUGCCUAUUCAACACAACCUCUCAUCGUCAAUGGAAGAUACAGCAAGAAGGUUAGCAGUUGUGACAGGAGCAAACAAAGGGAUUGGAUUGGAGACAGUGAAGCAGCUGGCUGCUAAUGGGCUCAGAGUGAUUUUAACAUCCAGAGAUGAGAAAAGGGGUCUCGAGGCUUUGGAUAAGCUGAAGGAAUUUGAUGGCUCGUUGUCUAAGCUGGUGGUUUUUCAUCAGCUUGAUGUCACAGACCCGGCUAGUGUAACUUCUUUGGCCGAUUUUGUCGGGACAAAUUUUGGUAAACUCGAUAUCCUGGUGAAUAAUGCAGGGAUUGUUGGAGUCAGGGUAGAUACUGAUGCUGUGUAUGCAAAUGGAGCGAGGACCCACUGGACGAAACUGAAGACCGAAACAUAUGAUUUAGCUGUGGAUUGUAUAGCGACGAAUUACUAUGGUGCUAAAAGAACUGCUGAAGCACUCGUGCCUUUCCUGCAGUUAUCCAACUCGCCGAGAAUUGUGAAUGUUUCCUCCUUCAUGGGAAAGCUAGAGAAUAUUCGGAAUGGAUGGGCCAAUGGCGUAUUAAGUGAUGCUGGAAGCCUAACAGAAGAGCAAAUAGAUGAGGUCCUGAACCAAUUCCUGAGAGACUUCAAGGAAGGGUCAUUACAUGCCAAAGGAUGGCCAAUGUUUCUCUCGGCCAACGCCAUCUCAAAAGCAGCCCUGAACGCCUUCACAAGGAUCCUUGCAAGGAAAAAUCCGAGUUUCUGCAUCAAUUCUGUAUGUCCUGGCUUUGUCCAAACCGACAUAAACUACAACAGCGGCAUUUUAACAGUGGAAGAAGGUGCCAAAAGCCCAGUGAGGUUGGCACUCCUGCCCAACGGCAGUCCUUCAGGUCUCUUCUACAUAAGAAGUGAAUUGUCAACGUUCUGAUAAAGAGGUCCUCCAAUUCUUUCCUCAUUUGGCAAUCCGGAUACUUUCGAUGUCUUGUUUUUGUGUCUUUCAGAUGUGUGAAAGUCUAAUUUUCUCAACUGGGGAGACAGAACGAUCCGAGUUAUGGUCUUCAGAUCACAAUGUUGAUAACUGUGAGUCAUGUUCAAUGGAUGCUUAGCUAGAAAGCGCAAAGUUUCCAUUUUGUUUGCCUCGUGAGUGAUUCCUUUAGCUGGCAAUAUUUGACAUGGCCUUCCU